AUGCUGAGAGUUCUCAUUAAAUGGGUUUGGUCUACUGUAGGUGCGAUUCGGAUAACCCUAAUGGAACCGGAAAUACGAAUGGUGCUGAAUAUGGUACCUACGCGUGCUAUGGUGCCUGAAUACACGGUUAAGAAAUCUCCUCUUAGUAGAACCAGUAGAGUUAGCGAAAUCAAAAGCGAUGAGUGGGCUGCCGGAUUAUUUCUCCGUAUUUUCGAACUAUGA